AAUCAGAAUCAUAAUCUAAGAUAUGACAAUGAGGUCGGAGUUUAAUUCCGAUAUAUUGUGCCGUGAAUAAUGUCCCAACUGUCAGUAGACAACAGAUAUCGCCCUCUGAGAUCCUUUACUGGUAGCGUACAGCCCGAAGACAGCAUGUCAAGCACCAACUAUCAUACUGCAAGUGCUCAAGACUCGAGUUACAAUGGCUCUACAAGAGGCUCUAUGACAGAUGAAGACUUGGAAGUAGCUAGACAGAGACUUCUACAAGCACAGGCUGAAGACGAAGAGCCUGAAGUCAGUUCCAUAGCACCACUUUUACCAGCGUAUGAACCACCGUAUCAAGGAGGGGUUGCUAACGGUUUUCCCCAUACGACCAUACUUGUAGAUGAUCAAUUGCCUGAUAACCAGUCUCGGACAAGUCGAUAUGGCUCUAUGAGUACAACCGUAUCUACACAGCGGAAGACAGUGAAUGAGAAGAGGUAUCGCUUGCCCCUGCUCAUUUUGUUGGGGUUCGACUGGGGAAUCGUCGUCUUUAUGUCCAUCAUCUGCUUCGUUUUGAACGGUGCUUAUAAAAUUGGUACAGUUAAAGGUUGUAUCCCCCCUGGCAAGGCCAACUUGUCGCAAAAUAUGCUCGACAAUGUUGCCCCAAACUGUACCCCUCCUAACUACUGGAGCCUGGACAUUAACCAGGGAUUCUUUGACCUGGUGAUAAUCUCCACGUUUUGUGUGGUAUGCAACAUACUGACGUACAAUCUGUUGGGCUUGGUCACCAGGAUCGUCAUGGCAUUUACGACUGUUGCCUCAGCUUGCUACAUUCCUGUCAAGACCUACUUUGUAAGCCUUAUCAUCACGGGAAUGGCUAUAUACUCCUCUGUGGUUUCUCAGUUCCAACCAUGUGAUGUUAAACUGCUGAAGAAUACGGUCAACACGAAGGAUGCUAUGUACCUGGUGUCCCUUAUUCUUCUCGUGUUUGUCUCCUUUGUCAUUCCCUGGUUCGUGGCUUUCUUCUUUGAGUUUAAGUACCUACCCGCUGAGAAAGCCAGACUGUACAUUCCUUCGUGGUGGAGUGUCAAGGCGUGGAUCUGGCCCAGGGCUUAUGUCAUAGUUAACCACCCCGAGACUCCACCCCUACCGGAGCACCCCACCCCUCUCCCGAUAUCUCCGUCUCCCAUGCACCGGAGGUCAGUUAGUGCUGUCUCCCUCGACUUCAGGACACCAAUUGGAUCUUCUCGAGGGUCCCCUGUGAUGGUAGAGCGUACGAUAGAGGAUGAAUUGCCCCCCAUAAGUGAGGAGCCGGCGUUCUUCAGUGAGGAAGUCAGCCCAGAGUACGAGAGAAACCUAUCUCCUGAGGACCAGGUUAUCCAUCGUGAGUCAGUGAUUGCUCUGGAAGGGGUGACAGAGAUGACCAGGAACAAUGACGGCUGGAAUCUAGAUAGGACUGUGAGCAACAUUAAGUGUUACACAAAGACAAUUAAUGGACGGAAAGUGCUCAAGUUAGAUGGUGUAGUUGAGGUGUCUGCCCAGCGACUGUGGAGCAUCCUAUACCCUGGAGACAGCACCUACGAAUGGAACCAGUCCUGUGUUAUUAACGAGACAGUGCAUCGAGUGGACCAGGCCACAGAUAUUGUGUACACUGUGUCUGCUGCCAUGGGCCCUGUGUCAUCAAGGGACUUUGUGUCUGCCCGGAGGAUAGCCUUCCGGGAUGGGGCUUACUACUCGUGCAGUAAGAGUGUUGUCACUGAUCUCAAGCCGGAGCAGAGUGGGAAAGUUAGAGGAGAUUGUGGGCCCAAUGGCUACAUAGUCAUUCCUAUCAACUCCAGCAGGUGUCAGUUCAUAUGGAUCUACAACUCUAAUCUAAAGGGCUGGCUCCCCCAGGCUGUAGUGGACCAGACGGUAUCCACCGCUCUCAUUGGUGCCUUUCAACAGCUACUAAUCUAUGCACGAGAACAAAGGAACAAUCGAAAUCGGACCUAGCUGGUUUUGUAGUCUCUCUCUUUUGCCAAGGACUGCAUUACCCUUUCUCUGCAAAGACGCGUGUUUUUUUUUUUACAUGUAUACAAGUCAUGUAGACAUUUUGUGUUGAGAACACCUGAAGGUGUGUUAUUUUUUUGUUCAGUUACACAAUAGUGUAUAAGUUCACCAUCACCUUUUUCACAUAAUUAUUACUGUGUGCUCAUUUUUGUUCAUGCAUUAAAUUUUGUUGUUUCAAUUGUAAA